AUGUCUAGCAGAUAUAAAAAUUCGGGCAAUGACAGGCCUAAAAACACAGGUUUUAACUUAAAACGGAUUCUCUAUCUUAUGGCACAUUCGCAAAUUGUCUCUUCCAAAUCACACGGUGAUGAUUCAUGGCAAAGAUCUCUCUGCUAUUCUAACAAAAAUUUUAACUCAUUCCCUCGAGAUAUGUUGUUACUCUACCGACGAAUGGCAGCUGUAUUUGAAUCACACUGGACGCGGAUACAGACGCUCACUAUUUACCAGGGAAUAGAACGAAACGUGAGUUUUAUGAUCCCCGCUUUGUCAAAUCACUGCGAGUUACGUUUCCAAAAAUCGCAAAAACCCAUUAUCUACUUGUGUUGUGGAGGAAAGGACAUGGUGGCCUUGGAUUGGCUUCCAUUCAUUGCCAAAUUCUUUCAGUCGCACCCUAAUGAAACUAACACAUCAUUUUUGCUUGUAGAAUACCCAGGUUACGGAUUCAAUAUGGGUACGGCCACUCCCCGUACGUGUACAGACAUCGCCUUACAGACGAUGAAGAAGGGGUUGGAAAUGUACCCAAAUAAAGAUGUGACCGUGAAAUUCCUAGGCUACUCUCUGGGCGCUGCAGUGCUGUUGGACAGUGCCAAUAUUAUAUACAGCUACAUCCAUUCGGGGAAUACCGACAAAUACUCCUCAAAUAUGAAACCAAGACAAUUCUCAUUGGCCAAAUAUAACGUGACGAACAUCACAAAUUUUAGGGACCAAAGGCAUUUAAGCAGACUGUGCAAAAUUAAGACCAAAAUACCACAGGUGUUGCCUAAUAAGAAUAGGAUCAUGCCAUUUUCAAGCGUUAGGGAUAGUUGCCAUCCUAAACCCCGUUCGAAUAGAGCAGGAGUCUUUGUUAGAAUUAAGAGAAAACUACGAUUUCACCGUGCUAGAGUGGCCAUCAAUUCUAGACGGUGGCUUAGACGGCCUGUAACACCACAUGUCAUUGGCAAAUGGCUGAAAAGGAUCAAUUUGCAACAAAUGAUCCUGAUAGCGCCAUUUACCAGCACUGCAGAAUGUGUUGCUGCAUAUUUGAAGGUACCUUCCAUUCUGCGAUCUUUCUCUGCACACUUAUUUUCAUUUUUCCAAAACGAUUCCACCAAAUAUAACAAUCGCAGUGUCGUGAGACGGUUAUUUGAAAACCUUUCCAAAUUCAAACAGAAGUUCAAACUCAUUGUAUUUCAUGGAGAUAAAGACAAAAUUGUACCUUGCUAUAUGGGCCAACAAAUUAUUGAUGAAGCUGCACUGUGGCCCAACGUACACAAGUGUACAAACGAAACUUGUCCACCAUGGCCACUCCAUGCUAAAAUGUGCAUAAUACCAGGCGCAGAUCACACAACAAUUUGCUCUAAUUCGGAACACCUUGAUUACAUUUUCAAAGCUAUGUGCAUCCAUUCCGAUCCGAACGAGAUUUUUGAUCGAAUAUCUCAUUAA